UCCCGCCUUUUGUCCACGUCUCACUUCUCCCGGCCAAUGCCCUCUCCUGUCCCCGGAGCCAGCCUCUCUCCGAUCUGGUCCCCAUUGGUCCUGAGCCUCAAUGCCCCGGGCCCUACCCGGAAGUAACGUUGGGGGAGGCGGUUUCCUAGACUACGACACCGGAAAGCUGGGGGAGGCGCUCCGGGCUGCUAAGGGCGGAGGGCGGUGGCAGCGCUGGCGCUGGGGACCGGCUCGGCGGUUUCGGGAAGCAGUUCGGCUACGGCUACCGCUUGCGUUGCUCCGCAUCCCGCCCUCGGCACGGCUCGCAGCCCCCUUGCCACCCGCGUCCAGCAAUGUGUCCCACCGGCCGGGCGUAGCCGCUGCGCGUGCGCGGAACCGCAGGGCCAUGAGCGAAGCCGGCGGCUGCCGGGGCUGUGGGUCCUCGGUCCCCCAGCGAGCGCCAUGGAGCCUGGUAGCGGCGACGGCCGCCUUCUGCCUGGUGUCGGCCACGUCUGUGUGGACGGCGGGGGCCGCGCCCAUGAGUAGGGAAGAGAGACAGAAGCUUGGGAAUCAAGUACUGGAAAUGUUUGAUCAUGCUUAUGGUAACUAUAUGGAACAUGCUUACCCAGCGGAUGAACUCAUGCCUUUAACCUGCAGAGGUCGUGUUAGAGGCCAGGAACCAAGUCGGGGUGACGUUGAUGACGCCUUGGGAAAAUUUUCCUUGACACUGAUUGAUUCUUUGGACACUCUUGUGGUAUUAAAUAAAACUAAAGAAUUUGAAGAUGCAGUGAGAAAAGUUUUAAGAGAUGUUAAUUUAGAUAAUGAUGUAGUUGUAUCAGUCUUUGAAACAAACAUCAGAGUUCUUGGGGGUCUGUUGGGCGGACACUCCUUGGCAAUCAUGCUGAAAGAAAAAGGCGAGUACAUGCAGUGGUACAAUGAUGAACUUCUCCAAAUGGCAAAGCAAUUGGGUUACAAACUUUUACCAGCUUUCAAUACUACCAGUGGCCUUCCUUAUCCAAGAAUUAAUUUAAAGUUUGGUAUCAGAAAACCAGAAGCUCGGACAGGAACUGAGACAGAUACCUGUACAGCUUGUGCAGGUACCUUGAUCCUUGAGUUUGCUGCUUUAAGUCGAUUCACAGGAGCAACAAUAUUUGAGGAAUACGCAAGAAAAGCUCUUGAUUUUCUCUGGGAAAAAAGACAGCGAAGUAGUAAUUUAGUAGGCGUGACUAUAAAUAUUCAUACUGGAGAUUGGGUAAGAAAAGAUAGUGGAGUUGGAGCAGGGAUUGAUUCAUAUUAUGAAUAUCUAUUGAAAGCCUAUGUCUUACUUGGAGAUGACAGUUUUCUGGAAAGAUUUAAUACUCAUUACGAUGCCAUAAUGAGGUACAUUAGCCAGCCACCUCUUCUACUUGAUGUGCAUAUCCACAAGCCAAUGCUCAAUGCUCGGACUUGGAUGGAUGCUUUGCUCGCCUUUUUUCCAGGUUUGCAGGUCUUAAAGGGGGAUAUUAGACCUGCCAUUGAAACUCAUGAAAUGUUGUAUCAGGUGAUUAAAAAACACAAUUUCCUACCAGAGGCAUUUACGACAGAUUUCAGGGUACAUUGGGCUCAACAUCCUUUAAGACCAGAAUUUGCAGAAAGUACCUACUUCUUGUACAAAGCUACAGGAGAUCCUUACUACCUUGAAGUAGGGAAAACACUUAUUGAAAAUUUAAAUAAAUAUGCUAGAGUGCCUUGCGGAUUUGCUGCCAUGAAGGAUGUUCGUACUGGAAGUCAUGAGGACAGAAUGGAUUCUUUUUUCUUGGCUGAGAUGUUUAAAUAUCUUUACCUGUUAUUUGCCGAUAAAGAAGACAUUAUCUUUGACAUAGAAGAUUACAUCUUUACAACAGAAGCUCAUCUGUUACCUCUUUGGCUCUCUACUACAAAUCAAAGCAUCUCUAAGAAGAAUACAACUUCAGAAUAUACAGAACUGGAUGACAGUAAUUUUGAUUGGACUUGUCCAAACACUCAGAUUCUCUUCCCUAAUGACCCGUUGUAUGCUCAGAGCAUUCGUGAACCCUUGAAAAAUGUGGUGGAUAAGAGCUGUCCUAGAGGCAUCAUCAGAGUAGAGGAGAGUUUCAGGAGUGGAGCUAAACCCCCUCUGAGAGCCCGAGAUUUCAUGGCCACUAACCCUGAACAUUUAGAAAUCUUGAAGAAGAUGGGGGUGAGUUUGAUUCACCUCAAAGAUGGGAGAGUCCAGUUGGUUCAACAUGCAAUCCAAGCUGCUAGUUCAAUUGAUGCUGAAGAUGGGUUGAGGUUCAUGCAGGAGAUGAUUGAACUGUCAAGUCAGCAACAGAAAGAACAGCAGCUACCUCCACGAGCUGUACAGAUUGUUUCCCACCCAUUUUUUGGCAGGGUAGUGUUGACUGCUGGACCAGCUCAGUUUGGGCUAGAUCUGUCUAAACAUAAAGAGACGAGAGGAUUUGUUGCAAGCAGUAAACCAUACAAUGGUUGUUCAGAGCUCACUAACCCCGAGGCAGUGAUGGGAAAAAUCGCUUUGAUACAAAGAGGACAGUGCAUGUUUGCAGAAAAGGCACGCAACAUUCAGAAUGCUGGUGCCAUUGGUGGCAUUGUUAUUGAUGACAAUGAGGGGAGCAGCAGUGAUACUGCCCCUCUGUUCCAGAUGGCAGGUGAUGGGAAGGACACAGAUGACAUCAAGAUCCCCAUGCUAUUCUUAUUUAGUAAAGAAGGAAGUAUCAUACUGGAUGCCAUCCGGGAAUAUGAGGAGGUGGAGGUGCUCCUUUCUGACAAAGCAAAAGAUAGAGAUCCUGAAAUGGAAAAUGAAGAACAACCAUCCUCUGAAAAUGAUUCUCAGAGUGCUGAACAGAUUACAUCAAGUUCUCAGGAGGUUGAUUUGGUUGAUCAAGAGUCUCCUGAGGAAAGUUCUCUAAACUCUCAACCAGAAUCAUUAUCUCCAGCAGAUAUGGACAAUGCUGCAAGUGUUUCUCCUUCUGAACAGAUUUCUAACCCCAUGGAAAACCAUGAGACUACAAGUCUUGAUGGUGAAUGUACAGAUUUAGAUAACCAGCUUCAAGAACAAUCAGAAACUGAGGAAGAUUCCAAUCCUAAUGUUAGCUGGGGUAAAAAGGUCCAGCCUAUAGACUCCAUAUUAGCAGACUGGAAUGAAGAUAUAGAAGCAUUUGAAAUGAUGGAGAAAGAUGAACUAUGACUCACUAAAGAAUCUGGUGGUAGGUAUUUAAAAAGAAAAGCCAAACUGUGGUUAACAGACACCCGAAUACUAAGCAGGCUCUCUAAUGGGAGUCUUCUAGUAUGGUGAUGAGCAACCACGUUCUGACUGAGAUAGUUAACAUAGGAAUCUGGAACAUGCCGUGUUAGAACUGACCUUGCUUAAAACCGUCCCAUCAAAAAUGGAAACUCCCAACCCUCCCCCUCUCCCCACCCUGACCCCAUGACAGCGUCGCGUGCCACCCUGCAGCACCUCAGGCCAGGAAAAGAUUGCUGGCGUUCCUAGGAACCAGAUUUCUGCAGUCUUGUCAGAUAGACAAGAAACAAAUUUGGUUAAUAGUGGAGAGGAGAAUAGGAAUUUGUAGAGCUUUCUAAUUAAAGGAAGUUCAGCUUUCUUGGUUUUGGGGUUAGAGACUCUUUGGGGAAAAUACAGGUGAGUACUGCGGGCAUUCUGGUUAUGUUGCCUUCACAAAAACACUCAGAGUGACCUAAGUGAUUGUGAAGCAGAUGCAUUCAUGGUGAAAGCAGCCUUUGCUCAUCACUUUCACUUGCUUCAUUGUGUAACAAAUGAUCAAGAGGACUUGAUUUUUUUUCUCUCCUCACAAUGUCCUUUUCAUUUAAACCAAAGGUGAAGCCAGUGUACUUUCUCAGUGAGUUCUCUGCAUAAAGGCUAAUCGUUGGGACCAGGAUAAAAGGUCAUAUAAUAUAUUGUGGAAAUUGGUUACUUAAUGCUUCUGAAAAAUGGAACAAGGGGGAAACUGUAAUGUUGUGAUAAUGAACUUGCCAUUGGGCCUUCCAUAGGGAAAGCUGUGACUGACCUGAAAUGGCACUUAAAGUUCUGUCCUUGUAGGGCAAAUUAUAAAUCUUUUCCAGUUCAUCGCUCUUAGAGGUGAUUAACUCUAGCCAUCAGCCUUACUCCAUCCCAUGUUUAGUAUGCAAUUUGAGCCACAAGGGCCACAUCGCCAGUAGCUGAGUACAUUAUGUUCCAUUUUUCUAUCUUAGGGAGCCAUAAUAAAACUGUGGUAGUAAUCUGAAAAUCCUAGGGAAACUACUAUUUUUCUUCUUUGAAACUAUGGUUUCUAAAGUUGCACCUAAGGAGUCUGUCACAUUUUCUGUUGAAUCAUGGUUUUUAAGAUGUUUCAUUUUUGUUUUGUUUUAACAAAUAUUCCUUCUGAUAUGGACUUGAAAAUUAGUCUAUGGUAACCUGUGUAAAAAACUUACACAGUAGCAACUAACAAAUAGCCAUAUAGCUUAAUGAGAAUUUCUUUUUCUUUUCUUUUCUUUUCUUUUUUUUUUUUCUUUUCUUUUUUUUUUUUUUUUUUUUUUUUUUUUUUUUUUUUUUUUUUGGUGGCAGUCUGGUGCUAGCCACAUUUAAGUUUUUAAAAAUUGUUGUUGAUAUCCUAUAGACAGCCCUGUAGUUGAAAUCAUGGUUUUAUUCAUUUUAUUUAUUUUUUAAAACUUACCUAAAUCAGUCUAAAGGAGUAUUUGUGAGACUUAAUUUUCUUUCUCUUUACCAUGACAUGACCUAAUAGUCUUUUCUGAAAACAGUUUUGAGGUACUAAUGAACUUAAACUGUAUAUGGAGCUGUUAAGAGAACAGCAGUGCUGUACUGUAGUUAUGUAUAUUCAUGUACAGUGUGUCUUAGAUCCCAGGUAGUCAUAUUCUUUUGUAAGGGGAUGAAUAGCUGCUUUCAAAAAUUCCGGCUAAAUGUAACUGGGUCAAUGAGUAAUAAAACUAAUAGAGAAGACACUUUUGGGGGGGAGAGGGGUGGGGAAGAGUAGUUAUAAGAUCAUUAUUGGCCCUUAAUUAAACCUGACACUAAAGUGGAUAUUUUAGUCUUUCUGCAUGUGAAAUUUGGUGUAAGAAGAUAGAACUAUAAUACAUACAGUAUAUGGAAGGAUAGAUAUAGUGCUUUGUUCAUCUUAAUUGCAAAGCUGCCAAAAUAGCUGAAGCUUAAUUAUUUGACUUGCCUUGAUUUGUAGGACUGGGGCUUUGAGAAAAGGAGCAGAUGUUCCUCUAAGACUUUGAUUACAGAAGCCUUAUAUACAUUGGUUUGAUUUUGUAUUUGUAGCUCAGAGUCAUUGUUGUCUAAAUCCAACUUUCUAAGUUAGCAAAACAACGUAAAAAAUUUUUUUUUCCCCACAAAGUUCUCAUGGUAACGAGAACCAGCUUACUCUCCCUUCCUUUGGCCAUUAGGGGGAGUUGUUGCCAUUCAUUGAUGUCUAGAAGCAAAUUGUUCACUUUUUUAGAAAAGUGAAUCCUUAAAAAAAAAAAAAGAAAAAAAAAUUUAAGAAAUUAUACUUUAUACCCAGAAUCAUAUUUGAUUUUUCCCUAGUUAAGAAGGUAUAAUGUUCAGCCUCAAAACUCCCAGCAUUAUCAUUAUUCAUUAUUAUUAUUAUUAUUAUUAUUAUUAUUAUUCAAUGUACUGCCAUGAAGUUGUUUUUGAGUUCAUUAAAAAAUUCCAACAGCAUUAGGUUUUUGUUUUUUUUUAAUGUUUUGUUUUUUAAAUACCUUUGAUAGACGUUUUAUUUACUUCCUAAAUAUUCAGGGGAUUCUAUGAGACCCUGAAUUUUAGAAACAUCUGGUCUACCUCAGUUAAAUGUUGACUGCAUAGAAAUAGAGAUGAAGUGAUCGCCACAGCCAUAAAAUUGUUUGAAUAAGAAGGAUUUAUACAAUGUUUACAAACCUGGAAUCAAGUAAGGAAUUUAUCUGAAAGUGAAAAGUUAGAUAUUAGAGCAAGUGUUUAAUUCAGGUAUUUUCAAGUUUUAAAACUUAACUUGUUUACCUACUAAAAAUAGCUAUAGUUUUUCUGCUUAUGAAAGUCCAUUGAAAUGAUAAUACCCUAAUUUGCAAUAAUUUUCCCAUAAAGUUUUAGGUAUGAAAGAAUUGUAAUUUACUGGAUAUGUUUAGGAUGGGAUAUUUUGUUGGCAGGUUUUUUUGUUUGUUUGUUUGUUUUUUUUAACAUUUAAUAGGCUUCCAACAAGAAUACAGUUGUUUCAAGAACAAAUUAUUUUUUGACAUUAUACUUUUCCCUUUUUCUUCACAGUAUUAGUAAAAUGAUAAAUUGUGCACUCUCUGGUUUUAGUUUCUAAUAUGCUUAUGCUUUUGAGAAUUUUUUAAAAAUUCAAAUAUUAUCAUCAUAGCCCUUUUUACAAUAAAACCAGCAUUUGUUCUCUCACCAGACCCCAUGUCAGAUUCAUUAUAAAGGAAGCUCAGCAUAAGUAAUUCAAGUCGUGCUUAUAAUUUUGGAGGUGGGGUGGGCUGAUUUAGUAAAUAUUCCAACCGGUCGUUUUAUGCACAAGGCUUCAGUCAGAACAUAGAAAAAAAAAAACAUUCUGUGAAUGAAAUAUUGUAUGUUCAGAUUUUAUAAAAGACAUUUUUAAAAGCCCAAUUUACAGCCGUAUAUUUUCUUAUGAUGUAAUUUAUGAAAAAGAUGUCUGUACUUACAGGUGCUGUAACACUACUGUUGUUGGAUUUUAUUGUUUGGUGAUAAAUGUAUACAAUAUUUCUAAGGGAAACUAUGUACUGUGAUGUAAAAGUCUGGGCAAAAUGUAUAUAAUCCUUGUAUAUAAUUGUGUAUUUGAUUAUAAUUACUGAUUGUAAAGAUUUAAUAAAAUAUGUAAAUAUU